CGGGCCAUGGAGCCCUUGAAGAACCUCUUUCUCAAGAGUCCGCUGGGGUCAUGGAACGGCAGUGGCAGUGGAGGCGGAGGCGGCACGGGUGGCAGCGGGGCCCGGCCAGAGGGGUCCCCGAAGGCAGCGGCUUAUGCCAACCCUGUGUGGACAGCCCUGUUUGACUAUGAGCCCAAUGGGCAGGACGAGCUGGCCCUGCGGAAGGGCGACCGAGUUGAGGUGCUGUCUCGGGAUGCAGCCAUCUCUGGCGAUGAGGGCUGGUGGGCAGGCCAGGUGGGUGGCCAGGUGGGCAUCUUUCCUUCCAACUAUGUGUCGAGGGGCAGCGGCCCGCCCCCCUGCGAGGUGGCCAGCUUUCAGGAGCUCCGGCUGGAGGAGGUGAUUGGCAUUGGAGGCUUUGGCAAGGUGUACCGUGGGAGCUGGCGAGGCGAGCUGGUGGCUGUGAAGGCGGCUCGCCAGGACCCCGAUGAGGACAUCAGUGUGACAGCUGAAAGUGUGCGCCAGGAGGCCCGACUUUUUGCCAUGCUGGCGCAUCCCAACAUCAUCGCCCUCAAGGCAGUGUGCCUGGAGGAACCCAACCUGUGCCUGGUGAUGGAGUAUGCAGCAGGGGGGCCCCUCAGCCGUGCUCUGGCUGGUCGGCGUGUACCACCCCACGUGCUGGUCAACUGGGCCGUGCAGAUCGCCCGUGGGAUGCACUACCUGCACUGCGAGGCCCUGGUGCCUGUCAUCCACCGCGACCUCAAGUCCAACAACAUUCUCCUGCUGCAACCCAUCGAAGGUGACGACAUGGAAAACAAGACCCUGAAGAUCACGGACUUCGGCCUGGCGCGCGAAUGGCACAAAACCACGCAAAUGAGUGCUGCGGGCACCUACGCAUGGAUGGCUCCCGAGGUCAUCAAGGCCUCCACCUUCUCCAAGGGCAGCGAUGUCUGGAGCUUUGGAGUGCUGUUAUGGGAACUGCUGACCGGAGAGGUGCCCUACCGUGGCAUCGAUUGCCUUGCCGUGGCCUAUGGGGUGGCCGUUAACAAGCUCACCCUGCCCAUCCCAUCCACCUGCCCAGAGCCCUUUGCUCAGCUCAUGGCCGACUGCUGGGCGCAGGACCCCCACCGCCGGCCCGACUUCGCCUCCAUCCUGCAGCAAUUGGAAGCGCUAGAAGCGCAGGUCCUGCGGGAAAUGCCGCGGGACUCCUUUCAUUCCAUGCAGGAAGGCUGGAAGCGCGAGAUCCAGGGCCUCUUCGACGAACUGAGAGCCAAGGAAAAGGAACUACUGAGCCGCGAGGAAGAGCUGACACGAGCGGCGCGCGAGCAGCGGUCACAAGCGGAGCAGCUGCGGCGACGCGAGCACCUGCUGGCACAGUGGGAGCUGGAAGUGUUCGAGCGCGAGCUGACGCUGCUACUGCAGCAAGUGGACCGCGAGCGGCCGCAUGUGCGCCGCCGCCGCGGCACCUUCAAGCGUAGCAAGCUUCGGGCUCGAGACGGCGGCGAGCGCAUCAGCAUGCCUCUCGACUUCAAGCACCGCAUCACCGUGCAGGCCUCCCCUGGGCUUGAUCGCAGGAGAAACGUCUUCGAGGUUGGGGCUGGAGACUCGCCCACCUUCCCCCGGUUCCGAGCCAUCCAGUUGGAACCUGUAGAACCUGGCCAGGCUUGGGGUCGCCAGUCCCCUCGACGGCUGGAGGACUCAAGCAAUGGGGAGCGGCGAGCAUGCUGGGCCUGGGGCCCCAGCUCCCCUAAGCCCGGGGAAGCCCAGAAUGGGAGGAGAAGGUCCCGCAUGGAUGAGGCCACGUGGUACCUGGACUCAGAUGACUCAUCUCCCUUAGGAUCUCCUUCCACGCCCCCAACACUCAAUGGGAACCCCCCACGACCGAGCCCGGAGCCGGAGGAGCCGCGGAGGGGUGCUGCAGAGCGGAGCAGCGGCAGCAGCGGGUCAGGGACUCCAAAGCUGAUCCAGCGUGCCCUGCUGCGUGGCACCGCCCUACUGGCCUCCCUGGGCCUCGGCCGAGACCUGCAGCCACCAGGAGGCUCCGGCCGAGAUCGCGGGGAGGCCUCGCCUGCACCCUCUACGCCAGUCCGGACGCCCGCUGAGCCUCCUGCCUCCCCACUCAUCCGCUUAUCGCCCAAGACGCCCAGCGCGCCUGCCUCCCGGCUGAGCCCUAGCACCCCCGGGCUGCUGCUGGACCUGGGCACCCCUGUGGACCAGCCAUCCGCCAAGAGCCCACGGCGGGAAGAGACGCUGGGACGUACUGUCUCACCUCCACCGGGGAUAUCACGCUCCGCCCCUGGGACCCCCGGCACCCCACGCUCGCCACCCCUGGGCCUCAUCAGCCGCCCUCGGCCCUCACCCCUUCGCAGCCGCAUCGACCCAUGGAGCUUUGUGUCAGCUGGACCACGGCCUUCACCUCUGCCCUCCCCUCAGCCUGCCCCCCGUCGGGCACCUUGGACCUUGUUCCCAGACUCGGACCCCUUUUGGGACUCCCCACCUGCCAACCCUUUCCGGGAAGGCCCCCAGGACUGCAGGGUGGAGACCAAAGACGUGGGUGCCCAAGCCCCUUGGGCACCAGAAGCAAGGCCGUGA